GGGAACGCCGAAAGGCCUCAAUCUACGUGGACCGCCGGGCUCUCGGGGUCCACCGCAUUGCGUGGCGCUGCUUUCCUUUCCCUGGACUGAGCAGACAUGGAUCUGCCAAGCUGUACACAAGAUCCCCAGACAAUAGAAGAUAAUUCUCCUGUCUAUGUUGGUACAGAAGAAGACUUUAAAAAAUGUCAAAGAAUGACAGCUGUAGUCCAUGACAGAGAAGUUGUCAUUUUCUAUCACAAAGGAGAAUAUCAUGCUAUGGACAUUCGCUGUUACCAUUCAGGAGGACCUUUACAUUUGGGAGAAAUAGAGGAUUUUGAUGGACGGACAUGUAUUGUUUGCCCCUGGCAUAAAUACAAAAUUACUUUAUCAACAGGAGAAGGACUAUAUCAAUCUAUAAACCCUAAAGAUCCAUCAGCAGUACCCAAAUGGUGUUCCAAAGGAGUAAAGCAAAGAAUCCAUACUGUGACCGUGAAAAAUGGGCAUAUUUAUGUAACUCUUUCUAAGGCUUCAGAUUUUAAGUGUGAUUCUGAUUUCUAUGCCACUGGACAAUUUAAAGUAAUUCAAAGACCCUCUACUCUGAGGAAAGUUCCUAAUUUUAAAAAUAUAUGACAAUAAUGAAACAAAAUAUAUUUAUAUUUUAGAAAAUUCUAUA